AUGUCGGCCGAGCGAGUUAAAGACAAAAAAGGCGAGAAUAUCAACGAGGGUGACCAUGUCUAUACCCGCUAUCGGGGCGGAUCUCAUGAAGGAGAGGUCGAAAAGAUUGUGAGGGAUCAAGCGGAAGCGGAUGAGGAGAACGUCGCGAAUCCCCCAAAGAAAGUCAACGACGCCAAUGCUAACGCUCGAAGGUUAUCUUCACCGAUCAACAUGGUCAUCGGGUUGCGCAUAAUCCCAGCACGUUGGAGAAGAUCAGAUGAUACCUCCGCCAUCUGUGCACGCUCGCAACCCAGUUUUCUGAAAGUUGCCAUGACAAAUGUCGUCUGUCCCUGA